AUGAAAAGGCAUUCUUCCCCAUUAAUUAGUACCUCUUCAUCAAAGGGAAUUCCUCUUAAUAUGGGUACACCCAGGAAAAUUUGGUGUCGAAUAGAUUAUUCUUCAGAUAUAAUCAACGAAACUAUUCUAAUUGAAUAUGAUGAAAUGGAUACAAUAGAUGAUUUUAAGACAAAAAUACUUAACAAACUGAAUAAAACCAGAUGGGCAUCUGAAAAUGAUAAUGCUUCAAUUGCCAUUGGACUUUAUCAAAAAAGGAAAUAUACUGCAGAUAACACAGAGGCCUCAAAUUCUAAUUCGAUGAAAAGUGAUAAUGGUCAUAUGAAAACAAAGCAACUCAGAAAUAUGGAAAAAAACAUAUGGAAUAGAGAUGAUUGUCACGGAACAUAUAAUAGAGAAAAAUGCAAUUAUCAGGAAUUGGACUCUCCUGUACCCAUUAAUCCACAAAGAGGGAUUGAUGAUCAAAUCGACAACAAGAUUAAAUAUAAGCGUUUUAACAUGGCACCUUUGUCAGAUCAACUAUCUACUCUGAACAAAAUCGAGUCGUAUUCGAAUGAUAUUACGUUGGCAAAUGGUUCGAAGAUGUGUAAUACUAAGGAUACAACACCACAGAAAGAAUCUACACCAAGUCCCCAAAUAAUCUUACCUAAUCAUAUAAAUAUGCCCCCAAUGUAUGGAUCACCCUUGCUUCCUAGUUCACAUUGUAAUAAAAAAAAUUCAUCAGUAUUUUUACCUCCUUUGACUAUUCCAUAUGAUAAUGCUAAUAUGUUUGAUGGAAUUAGUAGAAAUUAUAUUUCAAACUAUACUCAUAUGAGUGCACCUUCAUCUCCAUUAUACAGAAAUUAUCCAUCACCAAGGAAAAGAUUGAAAUAUAACUUACAAAAUGUAACCGAUGAUCUCAGCAGGAUUAUUUUUGAACCAGAUCAAUUAAUGUCAGAUAUAUAUUCAGAACUGUUUAAAGUUCAUGGUAGACAACAAUCUGUAUCAGAGCCAUUGCUUAUAUUCUCUAAUAAAGAUUUAUCAUUAGGAACAAAACAUCUCUCAAGUAAAAAUUCCAUUAGUGUGCUUACAACUAUUGAUACAGAGGACUUACACAACGAACCUUUCAAGAAUAAUUUACGAAUGGAUGUUCUUGAUCAAUCAAUGCUUGACGAUUCUUCAGAUGAAUUACUAACUAGCGAUCUAUUAAAGUCAAUAGAUACAGGUGAUGUUAACAAAAUAGAAAUUGACACCAUAAGUAAGGAUUAUGAUAAUAGUAGGUCAAUCAAAGAAAACUAUGUUAUUGAAAAUCCUGAGAGUAAUCAAGAAACUAUGUAUUCAAUAAAUUCAGAAGAAUAUUUAAGACAAGGGGUUGUGCUAUUGCCUAAAGAUUAUCAUGAUUCUAAUCAAGCAAAACAACAGAAGAAUUAUCAUGAUGAAAAUCAGUCUAAGGUUGGUAUUAAGAUAGAUAAUGAGGACUUUGUUGAUGAACAUAAUGGCAAUUUAUCAACAACGUAUAAUGAUAGUAGACCAUUGUUUAUGACAGAUGUGAUAGAUCCUUCUUCCAGUAAUGCUAUUGGAACUAACAACAAUAGAAUUGAUUUGAUAAAGUCUGAGGAAAAAGAUCUAAAAGCGAAUAAUUCAAAGAGGAUCUUAAGUGAACAAGAAGUUGGACCAUCACUAAUAGAAGGUGGAGCAGGGAAAUUACAGACAAAAGAAAUAUAUCAACCACAAUAUACGUUAUUAAAUAUAUCUGGCGGUAAUGCUGGUAUUAUUAAUAGUCCUAAUCAUAAUAGCGGAAACAGUUUAGGCAUAUACUAUCCUAUAUCUACUGUCCCUACUCCAUUAUCUACUACAUUUUCUGUGCCACUACAGAUGAUGAAAAAUGAAAAUAUGAAUGGUACUGAUAUUUCAGAGAAGGAGAAUAUCAACACCAGUGCAAAGGUUUUCCCAAAGAUUAAUGUAUUAGUUGUUGAAGAUAAUGUUAUUAACCAAGCCAUUCUGGGAUCAUUCCUAAGAAAACAUAAGAUAUCCUAUAAAAUUGCUAAGAAUGGUAAAGAGGCUGUUGAUAUUUGGAAAGAAGGAGGUUUGCAUUUAAUUUUCAUGGAUUUACAACUACCUGUGUUAUCAGGUAUCGAUGCUGCGAAACAAAUUAGGGAUCUUGAAAAGAAGAAAUCAAGGAAACAUAAUGCACCAGUUAUCAUUGUGGCUUUGACUGCAUCAAAUUCAAUAGAAGAUAAAAGAAAGGCAUUAGUGUCUGGUUGUAAUGACUAUUUGACUAAACCAGUAAAUCUGCAUUGGUUAAGUAAGAAGAUUACUGAAUGGGGGUGCAUGCAAGCAUUAAUUGAUUUUGACAGUUGGAAACAAGGACAAAGUAGAAUGACAGAGAAUGUCAUAAUGAAAUCACCCCACAAAAAGUCGAAAGCUAAUUGA